GCAUGGUUUGACGGGUCUCAGCCGCGCUGGCCAUUUUGCUGGGCGCCUGGUCAUUGCUCUGAAUGCGCGCCUUUUUUGUUAAGUGCCCACAUGGAUCGUACGCUCGCGCCCCGGGAGUAUACCUAGAUUGCUCCUUUUCCUUUGCUCGCAUGCAGCUGUCAUGGAGGUGCUGUGCUGUCUUCGAAGAAGGGAGAUCGCCAGUCAAUCGGCCCAUCUACGCUGGAAACGGCUCGCCUCUUCGCUCGCACAUCCAUGCAUUGCAACUCCUCAUGACUCACAUCCUUUCUCCCCUCUUCUUAAGAGUUUGUCUUUCAGCUGCAUAGUCCAUCUCCCUUCCUCCCAUUACAGCAUGCAACAUGCUUUCCUCCACCCGUCUAUGCCGGCGCACCGCCUACGCAGACCAGACAAGGCGUGGGAGAGAGGCUUUGGGCUUGAGGAAGCCCAACGUCGCAGGCCCAAACUCAUCAUGCAAAGCACGGACGGGGUAGACGCAUGCAUCGAGAACUGGAAGUGGCAGUUUCCUGUUCGGGAAGAGAAACCGAACCCACGCGGUGCGCACGGACUCCGUACCGACUCUUUGGUAGAUUGCGGUUGCUGCUUGCGGAAGAGACUCGGUACGCGCUGUGAGCAAUGGAGGGUUUCUUGACAGCAUUCGAUUGAGGCAGGUUCUGGGGUCAGCUGUGCGUCGACCAACCCUCACGUCAGUGGUAGACCACACGCAUUACCACUCAUCAACCGCAUCGAAAGUUCCUAUGUCGUCGUGUAGUUAUUCAAGAGACAUGUUCUACAAUGCAUGGACGUAAAUCGUCAGAUCUCCGCCUCCUUCCUUCUUCUCCCCAUUUUCUGGUGUUCUCAUG